AGCUCCGGCAGCUGACGUCACGCAAUCUAAACUCCGCCAUUUUGGCAGGCAAAUCAGGAGAGCGCCAGAGCGGCUAUAGCAGAGAUUUCGCUUGCGGUCGAAUGAUUUCGUCUCUUAUCUAUUUUAAAACAAUACAAUUUCAACAUGGUGGACAGCUGCUGUGCACCUGGAUGCCAGAACAGGCGGAGGAAAGCAAAGGGGAAAUCAUUUUAUCGUAUUCCUAAGGAUCCUGAUAGACGACAGAAAUGGCUCACUGCAAUAAAACGUGCUAACCAGCUCAACAAAACAGUGCGAUGGGAGCCAUCAAGCAAUGGAUUUCGCUUGUGCAGUGAUCACUUCAUAUCAGGGAAAAAGAGUGACAACCCUCUAUCACCUGACUUCGUCCCAUCUAUCUUCAACCAUGUUCCAUCCCCAGAGAAGAGAGGCAGAAAGCGGAAGUUAGAUGUGUUCAAUAGAAGACAGAAGAGCAAACUCCAAAGAUUAGAGCAAGCAGCAAAGUCACCAGCUUCAGCCGUAUCCCAUUCAACAGUGUGUCCUCAAGACGGCAGCGAGCAUCCUACUGCACACCAGGUGAAGGAAUCAAACAUUACCCACACAGAAAUUGAAAAUGUUGAUCCUAUUCAUGAAGAAAAAGAGACAUCAGCUUCACCAUGUGAUAAUGAAAACUGUAAGAAAUACACUCAAUCUCUGGAAGUGGAAUGUGAAGCUCUGAGGACUGAGAAUAUGUUGUUAAAAGAGAAAAUAAACAGAACUGCACUGAAUGAGAAAACUUUACAAAACAAUGAUAAAAAGGUCAACGUACUCACUGGUUUACAAACAUUUUCAUUACUGAUGGCAUUGUUUAAUGUUGUAGCUCCUUAUCUCAAGCCUAAGUCUAGCCUAACAUUAUUUCAGCAGUAUAUGCUAACUUUAAUGAAGCUUAGAAUGAAUUUCUCUUUUGAGUUUUUGGCUUAUUAUUUUGGUGUUGAUCCGACGACAGUUUCAAGGAUUUUCAAACGCUGUAUAGAUGUAAUGUAUAGUAGAUUAGUGCCAAGUCUAGUUAUAUGGCCUGACAGGGAAUCGUUAAGAAAGUCUCUUCCAUAUGCAUUUAGGAACAGUACCUUUGAAAAGACAGUCUGUAUUAUUGAUUGUUUUGAAAUAUUUAUAGAAAAACCAAGAAACUUAUUAGCUAGUGCUCAGUGUUAUUCAACAUACAAGUCACACCAUACAAUGAAGUAUUUAAUUGCCAUUUGUCCACAAGGAUCCAUUUCUUUCAUUUCAAAUGGAUGGGGAGGCCGCACAAGUGACAAGUUCAUCACAGAGCACAGUAAUUUUUUAACCCAUUUGCUCCCAGGAGAUCUGGUUUUGGCAGACAGAGGUUUCAAUGUCAGAGAGUCCAUCCAUACUCACCAAGCUGAACUAAAGAUCCCAGCAUUCACACGUGGGAAAAAGCAAUUAGAUCCUGUUGAUUUGGAGAGUACAAGAUGCUUAGCGUCUCUUAGGAUACAUAUUGAAAGGGUUAUAGGAGUUCUGCGUCAGAAAUACACAACAUUGCAAAGCAUUAUCCCCAUAGUUUUCACUGACAUUGACAGAGAAAACGACGUGACAUACCUUGACAAAAUGGUGAAAGUAUGUUGUGCUCUUACAAAUGUUUCAGAAUCUGUUGUACCCUUUCAGUGAUUAUUGAGCAAAUGUAAUGCCAUGCAACUGACAGUAGAUGUGGUACUGAGCUAAAUAAACCAAUUUUUUAUACA